UGUGACAUUUUCACAGUAACUGUAAUCUGCUCUCGCUCUCUCUCUCUCGAUCAUUAUUUCGCCCGAAAAUUACCUCAUUCUCGCAACAAAUCUAGGGUUCAUUCCCUUCGAAUUUCAGAUAUCCACCUUCGUUUCUAGCAGAUCUGGUUUUUCAACCAGCAAUUCACAUUCCAUUACAUACACAUAUAUACGUACUCAUCGAUAUAGUGAUUUUUUUCUCUGUAAAUCUCAAAAAUGGUGAUCCACGGACCUCUAACCCCUGGUCAAGUGUCGUUUUUGCUUGGAAUCAUCCCAAUAUUUCUGGCUUGGAUAUAUUCGGAAAUUUUGGAGUACAAGAAAAAUUCAGUCUUGUUCAAAUCGCAUUCUGAUGUCAGCUUGGUUGAGUUGGCAAAUGAAACAGUUAAAGAAGAUGACAGAGCUGUUUUAUUGGAGGGGGGAGGUCUCCAGUUAGCUUCUCCUAAAGCUCGGAGUUCACCUGUCACAUCUCACGUUGUCAGAUUUCUUCUGAUGGAUGAGACUUUCUUGCUAGAAAAUCGAUUGACACUCAGAGCCAUAUCUGAAUUUGGUGUCCUUUUGAUCUAUUUCUACUUAUGUGACCGUACAAAUCUCUUUGGUGAAUCAAAAAAGAGUUACAAUCGGGAUCUUUUCUUAUUUCUCUACUUCCUUCUCAUCAUAGUUUCAGCAAUUACUUCUUUCAAGAUUCAUCAUGAUAAGUCACCAAUCUCAGGAAAAUCCAUACUGUAUCUAAACAGGCAUCAAACUGAAGAGUGGAAAGGUUGGAUGCAGGUACUAUUUUUAAUGUAUCAUUACUUUGCCGCAACAGAAAUUUAUAAUGCAAUACGGCUUUUUAUCGCUGCAUAUGUGUGGAUGACUGGAUUUGGGAAUUUCUCAUACUAUUAUGUCCGCAAAGAUUUUAGCUUUGCAAGGUUUGCCCAGAUGAUGUGGCGACUUAACUUUUUAGUGUUCUUUUGCUGCGUUGUCCUUAACAACAGUUACAUGUUGUACUACAUAUGUCCCAUGCACACUCUUUUCACUCUGAUGGUUUAUGGGGCGCUUGGUAUUUUUAACAAAUAUAAUGAUAUUGGGAAAGUCAUUGCUGCAAAAAUCAUUAGUUGCUUUUUAGUUGUUAUUCUGAUGUGGGAAGUACCUGGAGUGUUCGAUCUGGUUUGGAGCCCAUUUACUUUCCUUCUUGGAUACACUGACCCAGCUCCUUCAAAAUCAAAUCUUCCUCUCUUGCAUGAGUGGCAUUUCCGCUCAGGCCUUGAUCGCUACAUAUGGAUAAUAGGAAUGAUAUAUGCUUAUUAUCAUCCAACAGUUGAGAGGUGGAUGGAGAAACUGGAGGAAACAGAAGUCAAACGUAGGAUUUCGAUAAAAGUGGCCGUUGCGAUUGUUUCCUUAACGGUGGGAUAUAUAUGGCUUGAGUAUGUAUACAAGCUUCCUAAGGUGACGUACAAUAAAUAUCAUCCUUAUACCUCAUGGAUUCCUAUCACUGUGUACAUAUGCUUGCGAAACUUGACCCAGAACUUCCGAAGCUACAGUUUAACCCUUUUUGCAUGGCUGGGAAAGAUCACACUGGAGACCUACAUAUCUCAAAUCCACAUAUGGUUAAGAUCAGGUGUGCCAGAUGGGCAGCCUAAAUUUCUACUCUCUCUGAUACCAAACUACCCCAUGUUGAACUUCAUGCUCACCACUUCCAUCUAUGUUGCAGUUUCGUACAGGCUCUUUGAACUGACCAAUAGGUUGAAAACGGCAUUUGUGCCAAGUAAAGAUGACAAGCGCCUGACGUACAACAUCAUUGCAGCUGUGAUUAUCUCAAGCCUUUUGUACACACUGUCUUUUAUAUUCCUAAGAAUCCCUCAGAUGCUGGUGUGAUACUCCAGAAUUUACGGACUAGAAUGAACAAGUUUCCGCUAAUCAGCAUUGAGCAUAUUUGCUCCACUGCAAGUCUUCACUUUCCAUCACAGUAACAAAAUUUGCAGAGAUGAUGGAUUGUGUUUUAUAGUAUUUGUUUGAGGAACUACUGCUGUAUAGCAAAAAAGGUGGUUGAUGAAUUCAUUCCCUAAUUGUGGGAUUGUAUUUACAUGUAUGCAUUCUCGUUAGCAGAUUUUCACCAACAUUGUGAUUACAAAUUAUUGUUUUCUCGUGAAUUUCCUCCAUUAAAGUGAUUACUGGUGCAAUUUUAUUACCUGUCAUCAAAA